UCUCUUUUACUCUCUUAGCCUGCAGUCCUUUCGCCGUCGCCAUCAACAUUUCUAAAUGCUUAAUACAAGCACACAAAAUUAUGAUUUUUUAAUUUUUUUUUGUCCAGACCGUUAAAUAGACAUGUAUCAAGAAAUUCGUUUUUAGUUUUUCAACAAAUGAUUAGGAAAAUUUCUGAUCUUUUUUUUUUUUUUUUUUAAUAAUUAUCUCUGGCAUUCUAGUUUUGUAUUUUGUUGCUUUGUUAUUAUCAGAUAAGCAUGUCUGUUAGAGGGAGAUGAAAAAUGACAGAUUUUGAUUGGAAGGAAGAUUAUAAAUUGAAGGGUUGGUGUAUUUGAUUAGGGCCACAAAAUUGGAUAUUACAAGAUCUAAAGCUCCUAGCUUGGAGCUUGAGAACGAUUGGAGAGAUCACACUUGACACCAAAAAAAAGAUAUGGAUAUAAGUUUUUCUAAGUAAAGUUUAUAUAAAUUAUAUAUAUACACAUAUUUAUGGGUAUAGUUUCACUAUAAUAUAUAAUUAAUAAAAAUUUGAGGCCUUUGUCUGUAUUGAGCUUUGUUUUCUUUUUGGGCAUCUCAGUACUGUUUUGGAGCCCAGAGUGUGGGUGGGUUUGUCUGCUUGCAUUGUUUAUGCUCCUUGAACUAUUUUUCCAGCUCUUGCCAACAACCAUGAGUUAUAGUUGAGCUCAGUCUCUGGUUUCUUUUAAAGUUUUGAUAUCUAUGAGGUAGAAAAUAUUUCAACUUUGAUUGGCUUUUGGGUAAAAUUUGUCAUCCAAGGAAAAUUUACUGCAAAUGGCAUACUGGUUUGGAAGCAGGGCACCUACAUGAGUCCAGAUUUUCCAUGUUUUCAAGUUUUCUCAUCUCAGUUGUUGGUGAAGGAUUUAAGUCAAGUUGGGUUUAAGCUCCUGAAAGAUGGAGAACUCUUGUGAAUCACUGAACUAUGGAAGACUAGCCGAUACAUGUCACCAAGACCCUUCUUUCUGUGCCUUCAGCAUAUCAUCACUGUCUUGGUUUGAUAUAAGAGUUUUCUAUAUCAGAAUCAGCAAUUUUGUAGUCAAUGGUUCAACCCCUAAGUUUCUCACUGUCGACUAUAUCCCCCUGAACCUUGAUACACUCCUUGAAGUGAAUGGUGCCAGAUGUUCCACAUAUUCUGAAGGAACCUCUUGCCUUCUGCGGAGGGACCGGGUGGAUAAGAAAUCUGAAGUAGCUACAUUUGUUAACACAGACAGUAUAAGGUUGACAGGAAGCAUGAAAUUUCAGGUUUUUGAUAGAGAUGAUCUUGUGCUCUCUGGGGUUCUGGAUAAGUCCAAUAGCAACGGUUUCAUUGGGGAGUCAAAGAAUAGUAUUCAAAGAUGGAGCAUGAAUUGUGAAUCAGUGAUGAGCACUGGCUCUGGAUUCUUGAAAGGAAAACCCAUCACGGGUCCUGAAUCAUUAUCACCUAUGGUUGAAGUUUACGUUGCUGGAUGCUUCUCUGGAACACCAAUCAUCUUGACCAAGAGUGUGCAGCUUAAUCUCAGGAAGAAGCAUCACAGCAAGGGGAUGUUAUACCCAAUUCCUGAACACGAAACAACUGGCAUACAGAAAGAUGUUGCAUCUGGAAUCGAUCUACAGAUAGCGGAGUAUGGAAGCUAUUAUAAACCCGAAAAUGAAAGCAUGUACUGGAGACAGAUGGAAUAUUUGGAUGGCGAAGAUGGAGAACUCUCCUGGUUCAAUGCAGGAGUGAGGGUAGGUGUCGGGAUUGGGUUUGGCAUUUGUGUGGGAAUCGGACUGCUAGCCCGCACUUACCAGGCCACUACCCGAAACCUUAGAAGGCGAUUUUUAUAGUAAAAAAAAAAAAUGGUUGCCUGCCUUCAAUAAUCAAUGUUUUUUGAAACUUUAACGAGGGUUGAUGCUUGUUCUUGAACAAGUGUGGCCAGCCAUCAUUCAGUUUCUUGUAAGCUUUUCUCCUUUUCCUCUUUUAAAUAAUAUUUGCCCUUUUAUCCUCAAGCCUUACUCUUUAUUUUA